AUGUCUUGGCUGAUUGUGCAGAAAGAAAUGGUUGGAGGUGAAUCAAAAUAUAAUCAAAUUGGUGGAUCUGAUGAGUUUUGUGGGGUGGGAAAGUUUCAGAAGAAUAAUCUUCCUGUUUUCAAGGAAAGGUAUCAUCCUAAGGGUGCUCAGACUUGGCUUCAGGAGAUUGAGAAGAUCUUUAGAGUUAUGGCGUGCACUAAUGCACAUAAGUAUUUUCCAGCUGAUGUUUGCAGCCGCGGGGAAGUAGGUUUAUUGAAACUGAAGCAAGGGAAUAUGAAUGUGGCUGACUAUACGGCUAAGUUUGAGGAGUUGUCAAGAUUUUUUCCUCGCUAUAAUGGUAUGGAAGCUGAAGGAUCUAAGUGUGUGAACCAAUGUAGAAUUUAUGAUGAAGAUAGUGUUGCUAAAUCUGUUCACUACAAGAGUGUGAGUGAGAAGAAUAAUGGGAACCAAAAUCGUGGUCAGUCGUAUGUGACUCUAAAGGAUGGGGAAAUAGAAGUAUCAGCAGAAGACCGCAAGUGGGAAAGAAACAAGUUGGGGAAGAUACUCUUACUUCUCUGA